CGGUCCUUUCCAUCUUGAGAUGGCGUCGAGAACGGACGAAGCGCGCGUGGCCGAGGCGUUGGAUGGCGCGAUCGCCCAAGCCGUGCACGACAUCCUUGACGAGGGCCCCGAGAGCAUUGCGAUAUCGAUGCCCAAGACAUGGACCCUCGAUGCGUCGAGUCGCGACUCGAGCUUCGACACGGCCAUGACGACGAGCGAAGCCGUCGAACCGGAGCCGUCCAAGCUCCUCUUUGACUACGCGAUUCUCUUCAAAAUCGGGCGGAAAGGCGCUGGCGGCGUCAAAGUCCAGGACCUCCAUGCGACCUACUUUGAUGUCGACGUUGUCACCAAGGUGCAGGACAUUUCCAAGCGACUGCUCUCUGCGGGGCUUCACGUGCGACUCGAGACGCGCUGGAGCGACAAGAAGAAGGCACAGGCCAGUCACCUCAAAGUGCUCCUGCUCGUCUUUGCCCCCGAGUCGCUCUUGUCGCGGCUGCGCAAGAAGCUCGAAAUCGAGCGCUGGAUCGAGGGUGGGCGGUACGGCGAACACAUCCUCAACCUCUCGACGCCGGCGCUCACGGCAGCAGACCGCCUCGUGCUCGUGGAUCGCUUGCUGUACACGUCCGUGAGUGACGGCGGCGUCGGCCUCCACGACAGCAGCGAAGUCUACAAGGCAUUUCCGCUGCACGACGAUGCGUUCAACCGCGACGUGCUUGGCAGCUGGUUUUACGAGUGGCGCGAUUAUUUUCGCAACAACGACCACCAUAUCGAAAAGAUCCGGCUGCAUUUUGGGGAGAAAACCGGCUUGUACUUCGCCUACAUGGACUUUUACACGAAAUGGCUCGUGCCACUAGCGCUCUGGGGCGUCGCCAUCUACGUCGUCUCGGCGUUCUCACCCUCUGCCUACUUUCAGCUGCUAGCAAUCACGGGCCUAUUUGUCUCGACGCUUUGGGGCACCCUGUUUUUGAUCUUUUGGAAGCGUCGGCGCGCGGCCAUUCGGCUCAAGUGGGGUGUCGGGCAGCUCGAGCACGUCAACGUGCCAAACCGCGCGUUCCACGGCGUGCCACGUAUGGACCCAGCGACCGGCGUCGUCAAGCUCUCCUACCCGAUUUACAAGCGCCGCCUCAAGUACGCGGUCGGGUACCUCAUCUUGCUUGCGUUCAUUGCGGUCGAGACCGUUGUCACGAUCGGCUUUGUCGACUUGUACUUUUUCUUCAAGUCGGGCUGCGCCGGCGGCUGUUCGACCACCGGGUUUGAAAAUUGGAUCCUCGUGCUCUGCCAAGGCAUUUUGCUCGGCUUGGUCGUCGACAUUGUGCAGUACCAGCUCUUUCGCGUGAUUGCAGUCGCACUCACCAACUGGGAGAACCACCGCACCGAGAAGCGCUACGAGAGUUCGCGCGCGCUCAAGAUUUUUCUGUGGGAUUUCUUUGGCAUUUACUCGUGGUUUUGGGUGUGCGCGUUUGUCUACAUUCCGUACGGCCAGCAGUUUAGCGACCUCUUGAACGAGUACCAUAUUUUGCCGUGGCCCUCGAGCUACCGCCCGGGUCUUCUCGUCCUCGGCAAUAUCUUUGUGACGCCGCUCGUCGUAACCCAAGCACUCAAAAUCGUGUUUGAGAAAAUGAUUCCCUACUACCUCUUGCGCGGCGCCAAAAAAGCCAUGGGCGCCAAAGACAACUAUGACGUGUACCACCACGCCGUGUCGCAGGACUUUGGCAACGUGCCCAACCGCGAGCUCUCGGUCAAGGGACCAAGCAUCGCGUCGCCGCGCGUCACGGACCUUCUCGUCGCGGGGCUGCGCACGGUCGGGCGCAAACUCUCGACCAGUCCGCGCAAAGAGCGCUCGAAAUCGAGUGCCGAGCUCGGCAUGGACGAGGACAAGCCCCAGAAAGGGCGGCACCUCAUCGCUGGGCUCAAGGUGCCCGGUCCGCAGACGCAGGCGUUCCUCGAGCAGCGCAAACGGUUCGUGGACCGCGUCCUCGAGCAAGGCCGCCAGUCGCCGCACGACAACUUUGCCGAUUAUGCCGACACGUGCGUGCAAUUCGGCUACGUGUCGCAGUUUACGUGCAUUUGGCCGUUCAUUCCGCUCUGCGCCGUCGUCAACAACCUCUUUGAAGUGCGGUCGUCGGCGUUUCAGCUGGCGUAUACGUCGGCGCGCCGUGUGCCCCAGCGCACGAGUUCGAUCGGGUCGUGGAACCUCUUUCUGAAAUUCAACAACAUGUGGGCGAUCUUCAUCAACAUCGCGCUCGUCUGCUACGCAAGUGGGCUCCUCGAGUCGUUCUAUCCCAACUGCAAUGUCGCGCUCGGUCAAGUCGGGUACGGCGACCACCUCCCACCGCUCGUGCCCAACUUUACGUGCCUCGCGGACGCCGACCGGUUCCGAAUCUUUUUGAUUCUCGAGCAUACGUGCGUGAUGGUGUACGCGGCCUUGUACCUCGUCAUUCCGUCCUUGCCGUCGGAUGUCAAGCGCGUCAUGCGCAAGAAGGACAAGGAAAUCAAGGAACACUUUGUGUCCCAACUGCAAGUCGCGGUGCCGCAUGCGUUUGUUCCGGCGUCGCAGGUCCACGCGCGCAGCUUUGCGCUCACGUCCGAACUCAAAACCAUUUUGUGCCGUGUCGACAAGGCACUGCGCACGCGCCACUUGGCGGGGUGACCAACACGACUCGACUCGAAACAUUGAUACUUUGAUACACGCCACUCGGAACGAAGAGACUGCACAGAAUACAAUUUCUUUUUUAUUUCAAAGCGAAUCGAAGGGAAGGCUCAGAGGUGGUAGCGCUUGUGCAGUCCGUCGCCGGGCGAUUCGAGGCUGCUGUUGACGUCGACGGGGACGCUGUCUUCGUCGUGGACACCGAUGCUGAGGA